CUGUACCGAGAUGAGAUUACGGUAAUAACUUUUCAGGAUGUGCGAACCGCACUGCACAUUGCAUCUACAGCCGCAAACUGGUCAUCAUGCAACGAUGAUAUGAAUGAUUACUAUGUACAACAGCAUAAUGAUACUGGUAAAGUAUUCGACCACAUAGUGCAGUCUGGGUAUCCGCUAAGAGUACUAAUAUACAAUGGCGAUGUAGACCAAGCUUGCAAUUUUUUGGGAGACCAGUGGUUUAUCGAAGCUUUGGCAGCAAGAUGGAAUAUGACCGUUUCUCAGGAGUUUAAAAGCUGGUGGUAUCGAACUCAAAUCGCAGGAUACAUCAAGAAAUUCACUCGUGGACCUAUAUCUAUAGAUCUCCUCACAGUUAAGGGAGCCGGUCAUUUGGUGCCAUCAGACCGCCCCGGUCCGGCUCUUCAAAUGUUUGAGAAUUUUUUGCGUGAAGAAGACUAUAGCAGGGAGUUGCCUUUCAACUUUGAAUUACAUUCACUCAAAAAGGACUAUCAGAAUCAGGCAGUGAGCUCGUCGAAGAAGAAUGAAGAGCACGUUGGUCGUUCAACUAGGGCACUCAAACUAGGCUCCAGACGAAAGGAUAAAAACAAAUCUGCUGCGUCGCGUCCGCUUCGAGCAUCCAGUCCCGCUGGACCACCAACCAUUGGCACCAAAGAACAAGAUCUUGUGAAGGAGGGAGCUUUGCCUGGUCUAACAUGGAAUCUCAACUUCAAACAUUAUUCUGGUUACUUGGCCGCUAGUCCAGGAAACUAUCUACACUAUUGGUUGACGGAGUCACAAAAUUCACCAGCAGAUGAUCCACUAAUUCUUUGGCUCAAUGGUGGCCCUGGAUGCUCCUCGCUAGGUGGUCUUUUUGAGGAGCUCGGCCCAUUUCAUGUCAAUCCUGAUGGCUCAACCUUGUUUGAAAACGUUGGGAACGUUCUUUUCUUGGAAGCACCUCGUGACGUUGGAUUCUCAUACCGAAGUAGCGAUGCGAAGCCUGAUUCUAUAUAUAACGAUCAUUACACUGCUGACGAUAAUGUUCUCGCUUUGGCGUCGUUCUUCGAAAAGUUUCCCGAAUAUAAGAAGCGUUCAUUUUAUAUUUCUGGCGAGUCUUAUGGAGGAGUCUAUGUGCCGACGCUGACAAACGCUCUGAUCAAGAAAAUUCAGACAAAAUAUGUCAUAUACUGCAAUGCUAAUCUGAAUGAUGCAUGGUGGGUAUACGGUAGGGUCGGUUGCCACAUCGCAGCAAACGAAUGCAACCGUACUUUAUUUUUCGAUUUAGCAGUCGGCCUUUCCGUAUGUGCACUGUCCAACGGUGACGAUUCUAUGUCAUAUGUGAAUCUGCAAGGAGUAGCGAUCGGAAACGGUGAGAUGAGUCAGAUUCAACAGAUCAACUCAGCUGUAUCAUUGCUGUACUUCCGUGGAGAGCAUGGGAAAAGUGACUACGAUGCAUUAUCGCAGUGUUGUGACUCAAGUAAACCUCAAACCUACUGCGAUUUUGUUUCUUACAUAACGCUCGACUCAGCCGGCAAUGCUUGGCCAAAGGUCAAUGAUAAUUCCGUAGCUGGUCAGUGUGGAAAAAUGGUCGUACAGCAGGGCUUCUUUGACGUUUGGGAGACAGCUAAUGACGUAUACAACACCUUCCAAGACUGUUACUCGACAGCUUCUGAUGGCACCAGGGUCCGUCGGAAGAGAAGCGCUGAUAAGCAGCCACUAGUGAACACUAAACCAUUUGUGGAUCAAGCUGGAAAGAUCAAUUAUCAGUCUACGGAUGCAAAUGGUGGAUUCGCUUGCUUCAAUGGGGAUGCUACUGAGGCUUACUUAAAUCUGAAAGAAGUACGAGAAGCUAUUCAUAUUCCAAGUGACGUUCAGUACUGGACCGAUUGCAACGAUGAUAUGAAUGACCACUAUAUCCAAGAACAUAACGAUACAAGCGCUGUUUUCGAUGAAAUUUUGAAAAGCGGUUAUCCUCUCCGAUUCCUCAUAUAUAAUGGAGACGCAGACAUGGCUUGUCAGUUUUUGGGAGACGAAUGGUUUAUCGAGCAAUUGGCUGCUAAUCAUAAAAUGACUUCGAAUAAAAGAGGACCCUGGAACUACACGCAGGGAAGCUUUUUGCCACGAAUAGGAGGUUACGUAAAGUCUUUCCAGUACAAUAGCAAUGUGCAGUUUGACCUGCUGACUGUAAAAGGAGGUGGCCAUUUUGUGCCAACGGAUCGACCUGGCCCAGCCCUGCAGAUGAUCUACAAUUUUGUGAAUAAGCUUGAUUAUAGCACGAAUCUGACUCUUCCAAUAAAUCGUCAACCACUUUUAUCUCAAUAUGUGCCUACUAUAUUGACAAUGUACCUGGAGUGUUAUGCUUUCAGCUUUUUGCCACGAAUAGGAGGUUACGUAAAGUCAUUCCAGUACAAUAGUAAUGUGCAGUUUGACUUACUGACUGUGAAGGGAGGUGGCCACUUUGUACCAACGGAUCGACCUGGCCCAGCCCUGCAGAUGAUCUAC